CGACGGCUAUUUAUCACGCGAGUCGUGACCCAGUCGCUCCACAAGCGACUGCUAGCUUAGGUCGACGCAAUUUCCUGCCUUUUGUCAUCCGCCUCCUCAAGCCCAAGCUCGUUGGACUUCGCCUGAGUUUCCCCUUUUCACUCGGCGUCGUCACCUCCCUCGUGUCCCGCUUGUAGUUUUUUUGUUCUUUUUUAACAUUUUUGCGUGGAACGAUGUCGGCCGAAAGUCCCGAAUACUCCCCGUUCUUCGCGGUGAUGGGUGCCUCUGCGGCGAUGGUGUUUAGCGCCUUGGGAGCGGCCUACGGCACGGCCAAGAGCGGCACGGGCAUCGCCGCCAUGUCGGUGAUGAGGCCGGAGCUCAUCAUGAAGUCCAUCAUCCCCGUGGUCAUGGCGGGCAUCAUCGCCAUCUACGGCCUGGUGGUGGCCGUGCUGAUCGCCAACAGCAUCACGGAAAGGGUCAGCCUUUACAAGAGCUUCCUCCACCUGGGGGCCGGCCUCAGCGUGGGCCUGAGCGGGCUGGCGGCCGGCUUCGCCAUCGGCAUCGUGGGCGACGCCGGCGUGAGGGGCACGGCUCAGCAGCCGCGACUUUUCGUGGGCAUGAUUCUCAUCUUGAUUUUCGCCGAGGUCUUGGGGCUCUACGGGCUCAUCGUCGCCCUCAUUCUCUCCACCAAAUAAACGCCCUACUUCUCCUCUACAGAUUCCGGUCUAUGUGUCGCUCCUGGAGAAGGAGUGUCAACUUGUGUUUUGCGCGCC